CCGUUAGAGCUUCCAACAUAUGUUUUCGCCAGGGCGCGAUUCAUUUGUAUGAAGAAAAUGAAAUAGAAAUGCAGAACAAUGUUCGGUUUUAUACAUUUUCUAAAAUCGCUUAGCUACUCAACGCCGGUGGCCAACCGCCGCGUGAAUUCUAUUCAAACCGCUUCGUUCGAGUCGCCGAAUAACGAAACAACUUCUUACGAAGAAACCAAUUCGAAUGACUCUACGUUCUCGGUAGAUGCUGUAACUGGGACAAUAAAUAACGGCAGCAUUGCUAACGAGAUGAGCUCAAAUGCAAGUGACGAAUCGUUGAAUCUGGUUUCUCCAAGUCGAGUCAUUGGAACUUCACAUUCGAUUACCGUUAAUGAGAGCAUGUUUACAGAUAUGAAUGCAAAUGAUGAAUCCUUGAUUGCUGUUUCUCCGCCUCGAAUCAUAAGCGCUGGCUUGGGUAACGAUCUGGCUAGGGAUGAAUCGCUGAAUGUCGCUUAUUCGCCUUAUAUUUCAAGAUUUGUUCGUUCGUCAAAUGGAACUGAAAAUCCUGGUCAAACACCCGAUACGAUUGUCUUGACGGAUAGCGAUGUCGACGAGCUAAGUCCAAUUCGUGCCCACAGUCCGAUGGCGAUCAUCGACCUGUGCACACCAGAAGCUGCGCAACGCCAGAGAAGAAACAACAGCAGCAGCUACAACAACAACAACAACAACAACAACAACAACAACAACAACAACAACAACAACAACAACAACAACAACAAUGACAGUUUCAUUGAUACCAGCUACAAGUGUCCUGUUUGCUUUGAACGCGUCCGCAAGCGUGAGCCAAUUUCCACAAAAUGUGGCCAUGUCUUCUGCCACAGCUGCAUCAAUGCCGCAGUGCGCGUAAAGAAAAAGUGUCCACUGUGCAACAAGAAACUUACAUCGCAGGACUUCUUUCGUAUUUAUAUUUAACUCGCAUCUGAUCGAUCACAGAUCUCAUAUCAAACACUAAUUUGAUUUCAUUGCC